AGAACAAACCUAUUGUCGCCAAAUCGCAAGUACAUACAUACAUGCACGUUUGCAUAACAAUAAAUCAUAGAUAGUAUAGCGACGUAAUCCCACGGCGAAAGGAAGAUGCGCGCGUGCAUGCGUGGUGGGUGGAUGAAAAAGUACGCCAGUGGAACGAACGGCGAGCGAGCGAAUGAAUAAACGAGUCGUACGUACAUACGUGCGUGCGUGCGCGUGCCAAGCGAGCUUAGCGACGUGCUACCGGGGUGAAAUGCCUUCGGUUUUCAAUGGAAACAGCACGCUAGCGGGGAAACAUUGUAUUCGUCGCAGGUAUUGAGUACAUCGAAACGAAUCGUCGAAGAGAGUGAUGUGAAGUGCUGAUCGUCACAUAAUUUCGUCGAAAUUUUCGCAACUAUGAGGUUGAUCCGGUAUCGAUUCGAACAAAUCGAGAUACGCUUGUUCAAUAUAUUUUAUUCACGAGUGAUGUAGCAUUAUUCCGGAAAAAUUUCUGUGCCCAACAUCGCGAAACAGGAUCAUAAUACAGAGAAAGAACAAAAUUGAAAAAAAUUAUAUAUACAUAUUUUUAAAUAAGUGAUUUGAGACAUAAAAGUCCAUGCAUUGGAAGGAAUAAAUUAAAUAAACAUGAGGGUUGCAUCAUGUCACUUUCGUCGGUGCAUUAUAGCAGUACUGUCAAUAGCGCUGUUAUUUUGCAUCAUUCAAAUAAUAAGAAUAGAGAUAGGAUUUAAUGAUUCUGAUCUUACAAACCUAGAGAAAUUGAUGCACAUAUCACAAUUAAUCAAAGAGUCAGAACAGCCUUAUGCAGGGGAAGGUGUCGUUGCCUGCAAGUUACCUCAAUUAAAUGUGUCUAGUCCAGAAAUAAUGAAGUUCAUACAUGAUGUACCGUCUCUAUCAUGUGGAUCAGAAGAUUGGGUUACUGUAGAAGGUUCAAGACUUGUUAUUACUGAUAAAGCACAAACAAAGUAUGGACAAAUAACAUGUAUCUUUAGUGAGAUUAUCAGAACAGACGAUUAUAAUACAAAACUACUGGAGGGUAUAGAGGCUGAUGAUUUCUACACUCUUGAAAACAGUGAUUUUGCUGAAGUUAGAUGCAAGUCAAAAAGAGGAGAUGUGUGGCAUAGUAUGCUCGCUGGGGUAAAACACGACCCACGUGUCAGAAAGCAGCAUAAUUGGGCCAAUGUACCGCAAACUGGUCUGAAAUUGAACGUGCUCAUGUUUGGCUUCGAUUCACUAUCCAGAAAUACAUUUAUUCGUAAACUACCCAAAACUUAUCAUUUCAUUAAGCAGCAGUUGGAUGCUCUAGUGCUAGAAGGAUACAAUAUUGUGGGUGACGGCACUCCGCAAGCACUUAUUCCGAUACUAACUGGCAAAAUCGAACUUGAAUUACCGGAAACGCGAAAACGAAUGGGUCACAAAGCAAAUUACGUUAAUGUUUACCCCAUGAUAUGGAACAAGUAUAAGGAGCACGGAUACAUAACCGGUUUUAUGGAAGACGUGCCGCAUAUCGGGACCUUUACAUAUCGCUUGAAAGGAUUUAAUGAGCAACCGACUCAUCACUACAUGCGCACAUAUUAUUUAGCUGCUUCUCCAUACUUCAAAACGUACAAGGAAUUCUGUGUUGCUGGUACUCCACGUCAUAUGGUGAUGAUGAAUUAUAUAAAAACAAUAUUCAACAUAUAUAAGAAACAACCAAAGUUUGUAUUCGGAUUUCAUGGAGAAUUGUCUCAUGAUUCUUACAAUGAUAUUGGAGUGGUAGAUGACGAUCUAUAUUCUUGGGUGAAAAAUCUUCACGAUUUUGGACAUUUAAAUAAUACAAUUUUAAUUUUGAUGAGCGAUCAUGGACACAGAUUCGCGGAGAUUCGCAACACUUUGCAAGGCAAGCAGGAGGAAAGACUUCCAUUUUUUUCUUUUAUUUUUCCACCUUGGUUCAAACAAGUUCACCCGCAUGCAUAUGCAAAUUUUGUGUACAACACGCAAUACUUAACGUCACCAUUUGAUGUGCAUAAAACAUUAGAAAAUGUACUUAACUUUAACACGCCGAAGGAUGGAGACCGUCGUCAAAGAGCCAUCAGCUUAUUCGACAAGAUACCUCUAGACAGAACAUGUGCAGAUGCGUUCAUAGAGCCCCACUGGUGCGCCUGUCUCGGGUGGCAAGAAAUUUUGACCGACGAUAUAAAUGUUAUCGCUGCUGUCAAUUAUUUCGUCCAGUUUCUUAAUAAUUACACCGUAGAUCAUCGCGACAUAUGCGAGAUAUUACAUUUGAACGAAAUUCUAUGGGCUGCCAAGCUCAUACCCACUAAAGGCUUGCUAGAUUUUCGAAAAUCCGGAGACCAAGACGGUUUCGUAGGUGAUUUCAGUGCCAAAACCAAAGUGACAACAGAGAUAUAUCAAGUUAAAGUGAGAACCACGCCGGGUAAGGCGUUGUUCGAAGCUAGUAUCACUCAUGAUCUUAUGAAGAACACUUUCCAUACGAAGAUCUCUGACGUCAGCAGAAUUAACAUGUACGGGUCCCAGGCAAGAUGUGUGGAAAAUUCACUAUUUCAUUUGCGCAAAUACUGUUAUUGCAAAGGAUAGAUAACGAUUGCGCGGGCAACGUGUUUUUAAUGAAACGGCGAGACAACACACAUCAAAACAUUACAAUCAAAAGCAACAUGGUUUCGACCGCACCGGGGGGGUAUUAGUUUCAAAUAUUUGUGUUAAAUGUAAAGUGAAUUUGUUAAACGUAGUUAUCUAUAUUAGACUAAGGGGUAAUCUAUGUACAUAACAUACUUUAAUUAAAAUUUUUGAUAAUUGUGUAUCGAUGAAGACAGCUAUUAUAAUCAGGAUGUCGCGCGGUACAUGUCAUACAUUCUUGAGAGACUUUAUAUACAAGUACAUUUAUAUACUUACGUGCGAAUUACUGUUAUAGGCAGUAUGUAUCUUGCUUUAAGUGGUAAUAUAAUUAUUUUAACAUUUGUGAUGUAAAAUAUGUUAUCUCGUACAUUGAAAAGAUACGCUUAUUAUCCUCUUAUUGAACUAUAAUUA